GACCUCCGAAUGCAAGGCACCCGAUGAUUGCCAUUUAUCAGCCAUGACUGCAGGUUUGACUAGUGCUUGGCAGUUAGCCGACGAAGAGGCGCGAGCAGAAGUCGAUGUGCUCAAUUCCCGACUAGAGAAAACAACCCAAUUGACCAAGAAGAUCCAAGUAUGCCUUGGCAAGCUUGAGGCGACGGGGAAGAGCGUGCAUGAGGUUGCCGGUCCCCUCAACAGCGAGACGAGGAGGCUACAGACACUUGGUCACAAUGUUUACUCCGUCCUUGCGGCCAUUGAACGACUUCGCCAACCUGCCGAUAGCCGAAACGAUGAAGAGCAGAUUAUUCGAACUGGCCCCGACAAGAUCGGUUUGCAAAGCUACCUUGCAUCAGCCAAACGACUAAAUAAAACCCUCGUUGAUAUGCAAGCUUCGAAUCUGCGUGUCAAUCAGCAGACCAAAGCCGACUUAUCCCGCUUGGUCAAGUCAGCCAAUUCGCAGCUGCAGGGCUAUUUUCAAAAACUCUUACGUGCCGAAACGCCUCGCUCCAUCGAACCACUGCACUAUAUCACAAAGGGGAUGCCCUUUCCCGUCCUACCCCAAGCUACAAUAACGCCUCUGGGCCUCAUCCGGGCCUACGUCACCAAUAACGAAAGUGCGUCGGCCUCUCAGACAUCAUCACUUGCCAAGAUCUACUCGGAAAUUCGCGGGCCUUAUCUUGUCUCCACGUUAGCCAAUUUAUCCGCCGCCAGCGUGAACACAGCGAAGAAAAGGAAUCCGGAGGCGAUAUACCGCUCCGGUACUAAUGGCAUUGGGACAUAUGCCCAGGCAAUGGAGGGUCUUUUCUUGGCUGAGCACGAAAACAUCUGUAGUAUCUUUGACCGAGAAGACUGGAGACUCAUAUUUCGAUCCACCUGCGACGCUGCGGUAGCCGAGCUUGCCCGCGCUCUCCGUGACCUGAACAGUCACGUUAAGACGAAUCUGAACACGGACUGCUACUUGGCGUACGAAAUUACAGAAAUCAUGUCGAAUCUGUCAACCAAUCUUGAGGCUCGCACUGGCGAGCUGAAGACGUCUUUGGCGGCUGCAUUACGACCAGUCCGGGAGACCGCGAAAACAUCGCUGGCCGAGUUACUCGAAGACACAAACCGAAAGGCCGGAAAUAUACAAAUGCUUCCUGUCGAUGGAGCUUCCAUGCCUCUCGUGUCCGAAACCAUGCAACGACUGCAAACCAUGGCGGAGUUCUUGCGACCCAUAUCCAGCAUCAUGAUCUCGUUAGGUGACGGAGGAUGGAAGUCAAGCUCAGUCGCUAAUGGUCGCUCAACGGACGCCAUUCCGAGCCUAGCCUCAUUCGACAUAGGGGCCGACGGCAAACAAAUCUUCGCACAUUAUUGUGUGGACACGAUCGAAAGCCUCUUGUCCUCGUUGUAUCAGAAAGCACAAGCCAUGCUUAGGGGCGGACAAGGCGUACUUGGAGUGUUCCUAGCAAACAACGUCUUUGUUGUCGAACGUAUAAUCCGCGACUCCGACCUCGGCCCGCUUCUUCUCGAUCGGCUGGGGGCGCUAGAACAGUGGCGUAAGAAAGCGAAAGCGCUCUACACUGCGGAGUGUAAGGACGUGUCGGCCCAUUUGUUUGAUGUCAUACACACAAGCAAACACCGCCCUGCCUCUGGACAGCCAGACUCGCUUUCCGUCGUGAAGAGUUUAAGCAGCAAGGACAAGGAUAAUAUCAAGGGCAAAUUUCAUGCUUUCAACACAUCUUUCGACGACCUGGUCUCCAGGUACAAGUCAUACCACAUGGAGCCGGAGGUUCGCCAAAUGUUUGCGCGAGACAUACAACAGAUGCUGGAACCACUGUAUACCCGUUUCUGGGAUCGAUAUCACGAGGUUGACAAAGGAAAGGGUAAAUAUGUUAGGUAUGACAAGACCUCCAUUGGGGCUGUUUUCAUCAGCCUUUACUAGUCGAGGCAAUUUGGCUUCCGGGCGAAAUCUAGUCUAAAGACCCCCUCCCCGCCCAUUUCGAUAGUAGACGAACACCACGUUCGUGACGGCACUAGGCUAUAGUAGCUGCCGUCAAAUACAGCGUAACGGUAAUAGAGUAAAUAUACGAUAAGAACGGUUAGAUUAAGAGG